AAUCCCCGCUCAAAUAAUUCGGCUAGUAGAAAGGGUACUGUGUAGUAUUGUCCAGCGGUUUCUCUUGACGAAUAGGUAUAACAGCAAUUCUUGCAGAAAAACGGAAAGACCAUCUCAUUAGGUAGAUUUACGAUGGCUGCUCCGCAUCAGAAAAACACUCUCUAUGUUGGUGGGCUGGAGGAGAAUGUGAACGAGGCGAUUCUUCAUGCGGCGUUUAUACCAUUUGGAGACAUUAAGGAUGUGACCACUCCACUGGAUCAAGCCACUCAGAAGCACCGCUCGUUCGGCUUUGUGACAUUCCUCGACAAGGAUGACGCCGCCGCCGCCAUGGACAACAUGAACAAUGCCGAGCUCUAUGGCAGAGUUUUGACUGUUAACUAUGCCCAACCCAUUAGGAUCAAGGGAGGUGAACAAGGCUGGGCUUCUCAACCUAUUUGGGCUGAUGCAGACACGUGGUUUGAGAGACAACAGCAGGAAGAGGAAAUGCAACGGCUACAGGUUGAACAACAGGCCAUUGCUCGUAAAGCUGGGGAAGAAGAGAGGAAAAAGUUAACCGAAGAACGUGAAGGAGAAGUUGAAGAACCAGAAGAAAAUAAUGAUCCAAUGGCAAAGGCAGAAUCUGAAGCUCUUGCAAACCCUGAUGCCUCAAGAUAGAGCAGCAAGUUAACUUUGAACUUGAAGUUAUUUACUUGUGCAAAGGCCAUGUCAGCCAGGUACCAGGAGCUGUAAUUUAUUUUGAAUUACUACAUGCAGGAUGACUCUUAAGAGCUUGAUAUGAGUAGGGCCUUUUCUUUGUAACUGAUCCAAUGGGCAUAUGUUGAGAGCAUGCCAAGAUUUGUAAUAUCUGUACAGAGGCACUAGCUGCCAGCAUCUCAAGAUUUCAGAUGUUUUCUUCCAUAUUUUCCACUUCCUAACUGUGUUUUUGUUGGGCACAAAAAUUAUCUUACAGUGAUAUUUAAACUAAGGGGUCUGAGCUCUCUCAAAACCCAUUUUUAUCUAUAUCGAAAUCAUAAAGCAUUUUAU